AUGAAAAUACAAAAAGGGUUAUUUUUUCUCCAAAGAUCUAUUAAAAAUGUGUUGAGAAAAAUUAUAAAGUUUAUUAAAGGUUAUGUAAAAGAUAUAAUAAAAGAGAUAAAUGUAAAAUCAUUGAAAAAAUAUAAAUAUAAUUUAUUUUUUGAAUUUAUUGGUUCGUUCCUUUUUGUUUUUUUUAUAUCCAUAUAUAUGUUAAAUUCAAAUUCAAAUGAAGAAUAUAUAAUUAAACACACCAAACAAAUUAAUCCAUAUAAAACUAAUGACAUUUUAAUAACAAGUCAUAAUAAUUUCGAAGCAGAAAUUAAUAAUAUUAAAUAUAUGAAUAACUUAGAUCAAGAAAGAAAUAAUGUCGUAGCAAGCAUAUUAUUAGAAAAAUAUGAUAACGAAUAUAAAGGUAACAAUAAAAGUAAAAGGGAAAUGGAAAGGGACCAUGAUAAAAUAAACAAUAAUUUACAAAAUGAAUUUGAAAAAGAUAAUGAAAAAAAAAAAAAUUAUGAUAAUAUAAAUGAAAAAGAAGUAAGCACUACAUCUGAUGGGAAAAUAAAAGAUAUGGAGGAUGCUAAAAAUAUAUCUAAUAAAAAUGAAAAUUAUGAUAAUACAAAUAUGGAAUUAAAAAAUGAGAAAAUAAAUAAUAAAGUAAAUGAUGAAAAAUAUAUUAAGAAUGAAGAUGAUAUAAAUAAUAAAGUAAAUGAUGAAAAAAAUAUUAAGAAUGAAGAUGAUAUAAAUAAUAAAGUAAAUGAUGAAAAAAAUAUUAAGAAUGAAGAUGAUAUAAAUAAUAAAGUAAAUGAUGAAAAAAAUAUUAAGAAUGAAGAUAAUAUAAAUAAUAAAGAGAAUAUGCUUAAAAGUGUAGAUAAAAUUAUUUUUAAAGAACCCGUAAAUGAAUAUAGUAAAAUAAAAAUAGAAGAUAUUAAUAAUAUCAAUUUAAAAGAUAUUGAUCAAUAUGAAGUAUUAAAAAAUUCAGAAAAUAAAAAAAGUAGUAAUCAUGCAAUAUAUUCUUUUGUAGGUUGUUUUAUAUAUGUAAUAUUUAUUUUGUUAGGUGCUCAUAUAAAUCCAGCUUAUACAUAUGCUUUAUGGUUAACAGAACCAAAAAAAUAUGGAUUUGCUCUUUCAACACUUUAUAUUACUUUUCAAUAUUUUGGUGGUAUCGUUGCUAGUAUUAUAUGUGCUCAUUUAUAUGGUAGUAUAUUUAUUUAUACUUUAUUACCAAAAAAAGAAAUUAUCAAAACCUUUCUUUGUGAAUUUAUAUCAACCUUUUUAAUAACUUUGUUAUUAUUAAGUUUAUAUAAUUAUAAAAAGAAAUUUAUGGAAGAAAAUAAAAAUGAUGAAUCAUUAACAUUUAAUAUAAACAAAUUAAGAAAUAUGAGUUCUUUAUACAAUUUUAAUACAUAUGAAGAUUUCUAUUCAUAUGACAUUUUCAGUACAAAUCAGAAUAGAAAAUAUAAUUCAUUUCUAUAUAUUGAUAAUAAAUAUAUUAAAUAUAUAAUGAACCAUAUAUUUUACUUAUUAUUUAUAUUCUUUUCUUUAUUAUUUUUUGUUUUUGUAACAAAUACAACAUUGAAUCCAAUGUUUUCAACAUCUACAUUAUAUACAUAUUUAUAUUAUAAAAUUUUCAAAGCAUCUAAUUCGUUUAAAAUUUAUUCCAUCUUUAUAUCAUUUUUAAGUAUUACAAAAAUAUUUCAACUACUAAUCUUUUAUAUUCAGUCGUUACCAUUAUGGAUAGGGCCUUAUUUUGGAUCAGCAUUUGCCGCAACUUUCCUUUCGCUUUUUAAAGAAAACGAAGAAGAAAUUAUCAACAUCAUUGAUACAAAUGUAUAUUCCUCGUAUAAUAAAAAGAAAGAACAAAUACCGUUAAUAGAUAAAAACAGCGCAAAGCAAAAUGCUUAUCUGAUUGAAUACAAUGAUAAUAUACAUAAUAAUUCAUAUAAUUAUUUACUACCCAGCGUUUUUUAA